AUGGUGCUGGCAGCUUCAACGAAUGCCCCACAGGAUCCAAACAUUGCCACUCGCGACCAUUGCAUUUUCGCGUUCGCGGUGCUCCAUUCGCACUUGACGGGCAAUCCCAGCCCAAUCCCGAACUUCCCGGAUAGCCGCUGUGCACUUUUUGUUACCUGGAACACGCUCUCCGGCGGCGGGCACUGGAAACUACGAGGCUGCAUUGGUACGCUGGAGCCAAAGCAGCUGCACCGGGCGCUGCACGACUACGCGCUUAACAGUAGCCUCAGAGACCAUCGCUUCUCGCCCAUCAGGUUCAAAGAACUUCCUUCCUUGCAGUGCAAGGUCUCCCUCCUGGCGCGCUUCGAAAAGGGCUCCGGCUGGCAGGACUGGACAGUAGGCGUUCACGGCAUAAUUAUCCACUUCACCGACCCCGACCCAGAUGCACGCGGCGCCCGCCGUACCGCCACCUUCCUGCCCGACGUGGCUCCGGAGCAAGGCUGGAACCAGCAGCAGGCUGUAGAUGCACUCAUCCGGAAGGCCGGCUACAACGGCCCCAUAGGACCCAGCUUGCGGGAUGCGAUCUCUCUGGAUCGCUACCAAUCUACGAUUGCUUCGAUAACGUACGAUGAGUUUAUAGCGGUGCUACAGCAGAAGCAGAAGCAGCAGCAGCUGGAGGCUGCGGAGGAGGAGCAAAUAGAGGCAUCGUCACCCUCGUCGCGCGAUGUGCGGUUGCGGGUGGCAGCAUGA